AUGGCCGAAGGGGAAAAGGUUUCAAAUUUGCCGUCGCCCCAAGACAGUGGGCAAACGGCAAAGGACGCCCAGCUCGCCGAAAAACUAGCCUUGCCCGAUGGACGCGAUGUCGAAACCCCGGACCACAACGACGCCUCCCAACCAGACAGCGGCGCGGACAAUGACAGAAAGGCAUUCCAGGCCCGAUUCGAGCCCGGCGAUCCCGAGAACCCACACAACUUUAGUUCGGCCAAGAAAGUGUCGAUUCUAAUCCAGAUGUCGCUCUUGGCAUUGGUCGGCUCCCUGGGCACGUCGAUAAUUGCCCCGGCCGAACCGGUCAUUGCCCGCUAUACAAACACAAGCACAGAGGUCGCGACCCUGGUGCUAUCGCUCUACGUUUUGGGAUUCGCUUUUGGUCCUCUGCUAUGGGCUCCGGUCAGCGAAGUCUUUGGCCGGCGGUGGUCCAUGCUGCCGCCCGUCUUCGGCCUCGCCCUCUUUAGCAUCGGCACCGCGACGAGCACAAACGCCGCGAGCAUCUUCAUCACCCGCUUCCUCGCCGCCGUCUUCGGCUCCGCGCCGCAGAGCAACGUGUCCGCGGCCAUGGGCGACUUUUACGGACCCAAGACCAGGGGCGUGGCCAUGACCUUUUUCGCCGUGUGCGUCGUCGGCGGCCCGACACUGGCGCCGCUGAUUGGCUCCGCGCUGGUGGUGAAUCCGAAACUGGGGUGGCGAUGGACGGAAUACGUGCAAGCAAUUAUCUCGUUUGCCGUGGUUCUCAUUUGCAUCUUCUUCUUGCCCGAGACGUACGGCCCGGUUCUAUUGCGGCGCAAAGCGGCGCGGCUGCGCAAGGAAACGGGUGAUGACCGAUGGUGGCACCCUCAGGAAGAGGAAAAGAUGAACAUGGGCAAUAUUGUGACGAAAUACAUUGUCAGACCGUUGAAUAUGCUUGUAACGGAGCCCGCCGUCACAUGCAUGGCAAUAUACGCAUCCUUCGUCUUCGCCCUCAUCUACAUGUUUCUCGAAGUCAUUCCCAUCGUGUACCUGGAAGGGCGCCAUUUCGGCCCCGUCGUCUCCACGCUCCCAUACAUGGGCAUAUUCGUCGGUGUAUUGUGCGCCGUCUUUGUCAACCUCGCCAACCAGCCGUUCUACGCAAAGGCCAUGGCCAAAAACAACAACAAGCCAGUCCCAGAAGCGCGGCUGCCACCCAUCGUCAUCGGCAUUGUGCUUCUAGUCAUAGGCAUGUUUUGGUUUGCGUGGACAGCGGCACCAGAGUUCCACUGGAUGCUUCCCACCGUUGCGUUAGCAUUUGUUGGCGCAGGCUUCAACAUUGUAUUCCAGCAGUGCCUCAACUUUCUCGUUGAUACGUAUGGCAUGUAUGCCGCCAGUGCUCUGGCUGCCAACACAUUUCUCCGUUCACUCCUCGCAUGUGGGCUGCCGCUGGCUGCGCGGCCCAUGUUCUCAGCCAUGGGCGUCGGGCCGGCGGUGAGCCUCUUGGGCGGCAUCGCGUGCGCUGCGUUGCCAAUCCCGUUUGUCUUUUACAAGUAUGGCGCCAGACUGCGCAAGGCAUCCAAGUUUGCGGAGCUACAAGACUAG